GAACGUUAUUCAGAGCCGUGGCAGAGUCCGGUGGAUUCAAGAUAGACGGAUAGCGUGCCUGCCGGGCUGGUCCGGAAGUCGCGUGUCGACGGCAGCCAUAACAGCCCCUCCGCAACUCUUACCCUUCCUCUACCCUGAACCACCACCCCCUUGCUUGAUUUCCUUACCUGCUACCAGCGACGACCAGCACGGCCUACCACGGUUACGCGCUUGUGUGCAGCACAAGCAAUCCGUGCAGGUCGAAGGUGAAGGAGUAUUGGUGCAGCAUUACCCUAACGAACCGCGAGACCGAGUCAGCGAUUGGUCGAUCCUGGCGAGCGAGCAAGGCCCGAAGGGAAGCAACCCUCUCUCUUCUUCUCAACUCACUCUGAGUUACAUACCGUCUUCAGAAUCGCUAGACUGACUGUGCCGUUAACACUCGUUUGGUGCUUCUUACAUUUUUACUCGAUACAACUGACCGAGCAGUAAAAUAAUUAACAGUGCGUCAACUUGCGAGGACCUUUCGCUUGUGUCAAGACGGUACUCUCAUACGAAACGCCGAGUAAAUCUAACGGAAGUCGCUCGAAGCGUCGUUACGUUUAAGGCAUUCUCCUUCUCGCGGCACUUUGCUUGUAGACAUUUUUAUAAUUUUUUAUAAGCGAUAAAUCGAACUUUGAAGUAUAAUCACACGAAUAUUGCUAGAAUUUUGAGAGUGAUGUAAUAUUCGGAAAAUUGUAAAAGUAUUACAUAUAUUAAUGCCGCGAAAAAAAAUUAAUGUCUUAAACUAGUAACUUCCAUUAGACUUUGCGUUUCAUAUGACAAUAUCGUCUCGAAUGUCUGAAAUGUAUCAUUCCAAUGAUAUAUUUGCAGCAUAUACUCUUCGUGUUUGUUGUAAUACCUCGAUUCGAAAUUAUUUGUUUCUCCCAUAAAAUAAAACUGAUUCAUUUUUCGGUAGCUCUCAAAAUCGCUCAAAAUCGUCUAAAUGUGAGCGUCGUCGUAAGUUACAUUCUGCCAAGUGUACGUCGCGCCAAAGCAAAGAUAUUUGCCUGAUGGCCGUACAAUCUCCAUGUUCCGUGUACCAUUAACGGUGUGCAACUUUGAACGAGAGUGAGUCGCUCGAGCGAAUCAUGCUCGCGGAGGGAUCGCACGUAGCAUAGUAUGAGCAGUAACAAGAAGCCACCGGCAGGCAAGGACGAUAAGAAGAAUCCCUCCAGCAAAGAGGACAGCCCGUCGGGCGGUAAGGACGAUGGUGGUUCAGCGUCGACGGGAAGCAAUGGCGGUGGUAGUGCGGCCGCGGGAGAACCGACGCAGCCCGGAAGUAAGCCCAGCUCUGCCGGAGCGACCGCCAGAGAAGGGGCCCACAGGCUGCUGGGCCUGGCGGCACGCGGAGAAUGGGCCCCCGUGGACCAGCUGCUCAAGUCUCUGGAGAAGACGGUCCAGAGCGCGGGAGAGGAUGGCUUCAUCGUCCCGCUCGCCGGUGUUUUGGACACGACGACUGGGAUGACGCCGUUGAUGUACGCGGUGAAGGACAACCGCAGCGCGCUGCUCGAUCGGAUGAUCGAGCUCGGUUCCGACGUGGGCGCCAGAAACAAUGACAAUUACAAUGCCCUUCACAUCGCUGCUAUGUAUUCGAGGGAGGACGUCGUUAAGUUAUUAUUGUCCAAGAGAGGCGUUGAUCCCUAUACCACCGGAGGGCCGAGGCAACAAACGGCGGUUCAUCUAGUGGCAUCGAGACAAACGGGCACCGCAACGUCAAUCCUGCGAGCUCUCCUGAGUGCUGCAGGACGAGACAUCAGGCUAAAGGUCGACGGUAAAGGAAAGAUACCUCUUCUGCUAGCAGUCGAGGCUGGCAAUCAGUCGAUGUGCCGCGAACUUCUGGCACAGCAAGCUCCCGAUCAGCUUCGCGCCACCACACCAGCCGGUGAUUCCGCCCUGCAUUUGGCCGCUAGAAGAAGAGACAUCGACAUGGUGCGAAUCCUGGUGGAUUACGGCGCAUCUGUCGACAUGCAAAAUGGGGAUGGGCAAACUGCAUUGCACAUAGCGAGCGCCGAAGGUGACGAAACCCUAGUGAAAUAUUUCUACGGUGUCCGAGCCUCCGCCUCAAUCACCGAUCAUCAGGAUCGAACGCCGAUGCACUUGGCCGCUGAGAAUGGCCACGCUUCCAUCAUCGAACUACUGGCCGAUAAAUUCAAAGCAAGCAUCUUCGAAAGAACGAAAGACGGGUCCACACUGAUGCACAUAGCAUCGCUGAACGGACACUCGGAAUGUGCCACUAUGCUCUUCAAGAAGGGCGUGUAUCUGCACAUGCCGAACAAACGUGGUGCCAGGUCUAUUCACACGGCUGCAGGGUACGGCCAUGUAGGCAUUAUCAGUACUUUGCUGCAACGAGGAGAAAAAGUGGACGCGAUAACGAACGAUAACUAUACGGCACUCCAUAUAGCCGUGGAAAGUGCCAAACCGGCUGUCGUGGAAACUCUUCUAGGAUAUGGCGCAGAGGUACACGUGAGAGGUGGAAAACUUCGUGAAACUCCGCUUCACAUAGCUGCCAGAGUACCCGACGGCGACAGAUGCGCUCUGAUGUUAUUGAAAUCUGGGGCAGGUCCCAAUUUGACAACCGAUGACGGCCAAACGCCCGUGCAUGUGGCAGCCAGCCAUGGAAAUUUAGCGACGCUCCUUUUACUGCUCGAGGAUGGCGGAGAUCCAAUGUUUAAAUCAAAAAACGGAGAAACGCCGUUGCAUUUAGCCUGCAGAGGUUGCAAAGCUGACGUGGUCCGGCACUUGAUAGAAUUCGUAAAGGAAAAGAAGGGCCCGGAAGUGGCGACUUCCUACGUGAACAGUCUGACCAACGAAGGUGCCAGCGCGCUUCAUUACGCGGCCCAAAUCGAACCCUCGGAAGUCAUCACCCCCGGAGACGAUCGCGCCGUCGUUCGCGCUCUUCUGGAUAGCGGCGCGGACGUCUCGAUGCAGACCAGACAGGCUCAGGAAUCGGCGUUCCAUCAUUGCGCACUCGCGGGCAACAACGAGGUUUUGCAGGAGAUGAUUAGUCGCAUGUCGGCUACGGACGUGCAAAAGGCCUUGAACCGGCAAAGCGCCGUGGGUUGGACGCCUUUGCUGAUCGCCGCUCAUCGGGGCCACAUGGAACUGGUGACCACUCUCCUCGCCAAUCACGGCAGAGUGGACGUGUUCGAUCUCGAGGGUAGAUCCGCUCUUCAUCUAGCCGCCGAGCACGGCUAUCUUCAAGUUUGCGACGCGUUGUUGGCGAACAAGGCCUUUAUAAACUCUAAAUCGCGCGUGGGAAGAACUGCCCUGCAUUUGGCCGCCAUGAACGGUUACACACAUCUGGUACGGUUUCUCGUACAGGAUCAUGCCGCGGCGAUAGACGUCCUCACCCUGAGGAAGCAGACUCCUCUUCAUCUAGCGGCGGGAGCGGGUCAAUUGGAAGUCUGCAAAUUACUGUUGGAACUCGGUGCCAGCAUAGACGCCACGGAUGAUCAGGGACAAAAACCCAUCCACGCUGCAGCCAUGAACAACUACGCCGAAGUAGCUCAGCUCUUUUUGCAGAGGCAUGCCAACCUCGUGAUGGCCUGCACCAAGGAUGGCAAUACCUGCGCCCACAUCGCCGCAAUGCAAGGCAGCGUCCGGGUGAUCGAAGAACUGAUGAAGUUUGACAGGCAGGGCGUAAUAACCGCUAGAAAUAAACUGACGGAAGCAACUCCUCUGCAAUUGGCGGCGGAAGGUGGACACGCCGAAGUCGUGAAGGCUCUGGUUAGAGCCGGCGCGUCUUGCGCUGAUGAGAAUCGUGCAGGUUUCACUGCGGUUCACUUGGCGGCUCAACACGGUCACGGCCAGGUACUUGAAGUGAUGAGAUCGUCUCAAUCCCUUAGGAUAUCCAGCAAAAAACUUGGCGUCACCGCGCUUCACGUUGCUGCUUACUUUGGACAAGCCGAUACGGUUAGAGAACUGCUAACUCACAUACCCGGAACCGUAAAAUCUGACCCACCAACUGGAGGAUCCUUAGUAGGAGAGUUAGGAGCUGAAUCCGGCAUGACUCCUCUUCAUCUAGCUGCAUAUUCUGGAAAUGAGAACGUCGUACGACUUCUUCUCAAUUCUGCGGGAGUUCAGGUAGACGCAGCGACGACGGAGAACGGCUGGAACCCCUUACAUUUGGCUUGCUUCGGCGGUCACAUAACUGUCGUGGGUCUGCUGUUGAGCAGAUCGGCGGAAUUGUUGCACAGCGCGGAUCGCUACGGCAAGACCGGGCUGCACAUCGCGGCGACUCACGGUCAUUAUCAGAUGGUGGAAGUUCUUUUGGGUCAGGGCGCGGAAAUAAAUGCGACCGACAAGAACGGUUGGACGCCGCUGCAUUGUGCUGCACGCGCUGGCCAUCUGGAUGUAGUGAGGUUGCUCGUGGAAAGUGGCGGAUCUCCAAAAACUGAGACAAAUCUAGGCUGCGCACCGAUCUGGUUCGCCGCUUCCGAGGGUCACAACGAUGUGCUGAAAUAUCUCAUGGAGAAAGAGCACGAUACGUACGCUCUGAUGGAAGACAAGAGGUUUGUCUACAACAUGAUGGUCUGUAGCAAAAGUCAUAACAACAAACCGAUCGAGGAGUUCGUGCUAGUGUCACCCGCGCCAGUCGAUACUGCGGCCAAGCUGUCCAACAUCUACGUGAAGCUUUCUGAAAAAGAAAAGGAGCGCGCUAAAGAUUUAAUUGCCGCUGGGAAACAGUGCGAAGCAAUGGCCACCGAGUUGCUGGCUCUGGCGGCGGGCGCUGACUCGGCCGGCAGGAUCUUGACGUCGAUGGAUCGCAGGAAUGUCGAGUUCCUGGACGUGUUGAUCGAGAAUGAACAGAAGGAAGUGAUCGCGCAUACCGUGGUACAGCGCUAUCUGCAAGAAUUGUGGCAAGGUAGUCUGAAUUGGAACGCGUUCAGGACCAUCCUGCUGUUCAUCGCCUUCAUCGUGUGCCCGCCGGUCUGGGUGGUGUUCGCCCUUCCUCUCGGGCAUAAGUACAACAACGUACCUAUCAUCAAGUUCAUGUCAUAUCUCACAUCGCACAUCUAUCUGAUGGUCUUCCUGUUGCUGGUCGGCAUUACGCCAAUCUAUCCAGUGGUGAGAGGCAACUUGAUACCAUAUUGGUAUGAGUGGUGUCUGCUGGUGAUGCUAUCGGGAUUGUUGCUGUUCGAGUUAACGAAUCCCAGUGACAAAAGCGGCCUUGGUUGGAUUAAGCUGGCGGUGCUGCUUUUUGGCAUAUUCGGCGUCGCGUUUCAUCUGAUGGGAUUUGUAAUCGUGAAGAAACCACAAUGGCCGACUCUCCUCUACCUAAGAAACCAGCUUUUUGCCCUCAGUUUCCUUUUAGCUUGCGUGCAGAUCCUGGACUUCCUGUCGUUUCAUCAUCUGUUCGGACCGUGGGCCAUCAUCAUCGGUAAUCUUAUGAAGGAUCUCGCGAGGUUUCUCGCGGUGCUGGCAAUCUUCGUCUUUGGCUUCUCCAUGCACUUCGUCGCGCUUAAUCAAGCGUUCAAGAACUUUCCAUCGAUGAGAGAAGCGUUACAGGAGGACGGAAAACCAAAGAAGGCGUUCUCCGACGAUUUGUUGGCCAAUGUUACGGAAUGGAUAAUGGAGACGCCACCAACGGCGCCUCCUCGUCGCUUCGGCCGUUACAAGAAAAAGAAUGAGUGCUGUGACGAUAACAGCAGAGAUAUAAAGAUGAAUCCGAUAAUCGCCUUCGAGUAUCUGUUCUUCGCCGUCUUCGGCCAAACGACCCACAGCGAGCUGAAGGUCCAGAGCAAUCAACCGCAGUGGACCUCGGUCCUCUUCAAAUUGACCUUCGGCGUGUACAUGUUGGUCUCGGUAGUGGUGUUGAUUAAUCUGCUGAUCGCCAUGAUGAGCGACACUUAUCAACGGAUACAGGCGCAGUCGGACAUUGAGUGGAAAUACGGACUGAGUAAACUGAUCCGAAACAUGCACAGAACUACCACAGCUCCGUCCCCGCUAAACUUGCUCACCACCUGGACUGUGUACUUCAUCAAGCUAUGCAAGCAGCGCACCGCUAAACGCAAGCGACCCUCGUUGGUGCACAUGAUGGGAUUCCAGCGCACCAGUCGUUUAUCGCCCAGGUCCAAGAUGGGCGCGAAAUGGUUGGCCAAGGUUAAGAAGGGUCAGGUCCGCCCGAAGGACAGUGUGACUCUCUCCGUGGUGCACCUCAGUCCUCUGGGUAGCCAGCUGUCCUUCAAUAGCGCAACCAGAAUAGAGAACGUAGUGGACUGGGACUCGAUCAGGAAGAAGUACCUUGCUCUGACCGGGAAUGAGCCCGAGAAGGAGGAAUCGGAUAAGGAGGAGAAGGGUAUGGACGAGAAAGAGGAUGAGAGCGGACCGACGGCAUCCAACGCCUCGACGGUACCGGCGACAAUCCCAAAUCCGUCCAUGUAAAAGAUUGUCGUCGCCACCCUUGCUAUCCUUCGAUCCGAAUUGCCGAGUGCGAACCCGCGUGAAAAGCAGCGCGAGCAAACGAGCGACUAAGAUACCAUCGGCCGUCGCGCUCAGUAUUAUUUACUAGACAGACUUAGCGACUAAGUGCGCUAAAGACCCACACCCUCCAUAAACAGUAUUUAAAAUCGUAAACCGCUACCGCAGACUCAGAAACUUCAGACGAUCGAGCGAGACCACCAUAGAGGAUCCUCGCGUGAUCCUCGACGCACCGGCAACCAGCCGAGCAUUUAAGCAUC